CAUGAUACUUAGUUUCACUUUUGGUGUUUUGAUCAUGUUUAUGUCCACGAGUGAGGAUCUUGUGACCAUUCAAAUGUUUCAAAUUCCCCAACCAAACAUCUCUGAUCUUCUGCUUUCUUGUAGCCGCUUAAAAGCAACAUCACCCAACAUCCUAGUCUUCUGCAUCCCUUUCAGUUAUUGAAGACAGAAAUGUAAGUAUCCGCUUGUCUCCUGUGAAAAGACUAUUUCAGAUAUGUCAUGAGAAGUUUUUGAGAAAUAAAAUUUGAGCAUCUUAGUUGAGAUGGUACACUUUAGGUAACUUUUAGGACUUAGGCAAACAGGAUAUAUCAACAUCCCUUCAAAGAGUAUAAAGGAACCUUCAGCGCAAAAGUCUAACGUUUCAUCCUGUCGAUUCUCAUAUAGCACUAGACCAAAAACAAAGUUACGAUGAAUGAUUCAAACACCUCUCAUUAUAUGGAGACUAUCAGUGAGUUCAGUGAAUUCUACAGUGAACUCUACGAUGAGUUAAACUAUACAGAAUACCAGAAUGACACUGUCUUUGUUCUGGAUGAGAAGACGCUGCUCUGCUCCUCCAUCGCUAUGGGGAAAGCCAUCAACAUUUCAUUCUGUGUCUUCUACAUGCUCAUCUUUCUGAUGGCUGUUCCUGGGAAUCUGAUCGUCGGCUGGGUCAUCGGCUCCAACAGACGCUCGCUUUCUGCUUCGGAUAUUUACCUAUUCAACCUGAUGCUGGCCGACACAUUACUGGCUCUUAUUCUGCCCUUUUCUGCGAUUUCCGUGAUCCACGGUUGGGUGUUUGGUGAUGUUUUAUGCAAGUUGGUUAGCCUGGUGAAGGAAGUGAACUUCUACACCAGCAUCUUGUUUUUGGUGUGCAUCAGCGUGGAUCGCUACUUGGUCAUCGUACGGGCUAUGGAGUCCAGGAAGGCUCAGAGGUUACUGUGCAGCUGGGUUGUCUGUGGAUUGGUGUGGUUUUUGGGAAGUGUGCUGUCCUUGCCAUCAUUCUACAACGAGGCAUUUCACAACGAAUUUUCUAAUCAGACUAUUUGUGCAGAGCGCUUCGAGACGGAUCAUGCUGAUGAGUGGCGACUGGCCACACGUAUCAUGAGGCAUCUGCUUGGUUUCCUUCUCCCUCUGUUGGUCAUGUUGAUCUGUUACAGCGUGACGGUGGUGCGGCUCUUGCGUACACGCGGUUUCCAGAAGCACAGAGCCAUGAAGGUGAUAGUAGCUGUGGUCAUGGCUUUUCUUCUGUGCUGGACCCCCUUCCAUGUUUCUACGAUAGUUGACACCCUCCUCAGGGCCAAAGUGGUUCAAUUCAGCUGUUUGACACGGACAUCGGUGGACAUCGCUAUGUUCGCAACACAAAACCUUGGCCUUCUGCAUUGCUGUGUGAACCCGGUGCUGUACGCCUUUGUGGGAGAGAAGUUCAGAAGAAGGUUUCUGCAAAUGCUCUAUAGAAAAGGAGUUCUGGAUCGGUUCUCCGUCUCCAGAUCUAGUAGGUCCUCUUCUCUGACCUCAGAAGUCACUUCCAGCUUCCUGUGAGCUAUACUGCCUAGCAAUGGACAUCACUGUAUGUGGAUUGCAAGACACUUAGUGCACCUUUCUUUGUUUGCUUGAAAUACAACAACACUUUGUUGUAGGGCAGGGGUGUCCAAUUAUGUUCCUGAGGGCCACUGUCGGGCAGCCCUAAUUCAAAACAUCUGAACCACAUAAUCAAGGUCUUCAGGAUUACUAGAAAUUUCCAGGCAGUUUUUUGUUGGAACUAAACUCUAAUAAACUCUGCAGGAAAGUUGCCCUCCAGGAGCAGGAUUGGAAACCCCUUUUCUAGAUGCUAAUUAGCUAAUUACAUGAUGCGUUGGCUCCCUCUAUUGGACAGAAAGAGCGAAAUCCAUGAUAGGGUGAGAAGAAAAUGUGUGCUGCAGUGGUGACAUAUUUUUGUUGGGCAACUUGGAUGCUAGCAUCGGCAAAAACCCAAUAGGAUUUUUCCAUUGGGCUGUUUACAGAAAAUAAGCUCUGUGAUCAACAAAAAUAUGAUUCUUACACGUUUUGUACAUCAUGAUAAUCUUCACAAAUUAGCUCAGCUGUUAUGAAUUUUGAAGCCUAAAUACAAUCAGCAGAAGUAAAAAGCUAAAGUUAGGCUAUAAAUGAACUACACUAUGUUCACAUGACUUCAACGCCACCAACAUUCAGUUUCCGGCAACUCUUUAAAGUUUCUUCGAAAGUUUGAAUUAGAAUAGUUUGUGAGAACUAUAAACACAAUGAAGCUGUGAAAGUAGACUAGUGAGUUGACGAGUUUUCAUGUCAGGCAUGAUGAUAUUUAAUAUCCCCGACAAUCUCUACAGUCCCAUUGAGCCACUUGUUAGCAACCGCCUUUUUCAAGACAAGUAAAGGCUUUAAAAAAAUCACAAGUUGACUGAUUUUAGGUCAUAGAGUAAAACAUGAAAAUAUCUUGAGCUUGUGUUUAUUUCAGACCUUAUUUCAGGCUUUUAACCAAAAACACAUAAAAAAAGAACAUUGACUUUGGGUCAAUGGAACCAGAAGUGCUAAAAUGCAACUCAUUUCCACGUUUUGGCCUUCAAAAUUAAUAGUCAUUCCUGCAGCACUUUAUUGUUUGACUGAGCUUCAAAAUGUUUAAGAAUCAUAUACGGAUCAUAAUUGCUCAUACGGUGGGUUAAUGAUCUGAAUAAAACCUAAAUCUAAAGGUGCAGUCAAAUGUUGCAGGCAAAAAAGGUCUAUUGUCAACAGCUUAGAGAUGUAUGACUCACAACUCAUGCAGAAGUCAAGUCACUUUCAAACCAAGCAAUUUUCUGUUGGUCAACUUGGAAAAUUUGUGUGAACAAAUAUGACCCUUUGCGAAAAAUCUCUUGCGAAAUCUUUUACCCUCACACAAAAUUUCCAAUCGCAUAUUCCUAUUGAAACUACUGUAUUUUGUCUAAGAAAUUUCACUGAACAAUGAUAAAUGUGACUGCGCCUUAAGUAUUCCACAUUGGCAUGCAAGUUGUGCAUUACAGGCUAGAAUAAAACCUCAACUAACCUUUUUGAUAAAAGGGACUGGUACUUUUCAGAGUUUUUGCAAUUUUUGCCUGGCGGAUGAUAACGCAAGUGAAGAAACCCAUAGACUUACAUUGAAGGAUGGACCCCGAACCACCUGAGAAACCACAAUAUCAUAAAGACUCUUUUGAUGAACUCUUUUAACUUGACUUGCAAAUAAACAAAUAUGCUAUUGCAUAAUGCUUGGCCAUGGGUUGGAGAGAGUUUGAAGUUAGCAAAACCCCUUUCAACACAACACGCUUGCUCAAGAGCUUGUCAUGGUCAUUUUACGGUCAAUGCAGCUGGUCUGUACAGUAUGUGGUCAGUAAGCAAGAUGUUUUUUUUCUAUUUAUGAGAUUAUAGUCUGAAAUGCACUUAAUUAAAAUGCAUUAUACUUCUUUUCAAAAUGCAUUAUACUGUACUGUUUUCCUCUAUACUCUAUGAAAGUUACAAUUCUUCAUUUCAUUCAGGGCGUUCUGGAGAGGGACAUUAUAUUAUUGUACUCAUGAAGUGUCUAUGGUGGAAUGCUUUAUCAGCCUUAAAUGAAUGCAAUGACAGCAAAACCUCUCCAGGACUUAAAAUUGAUGUACUGUUUGAUUUUUCAUGCUUGUUUAAAAAAAUAAAAAUGUUAUGAACA